GAAGUAAAACCAACCAUGAUUGAUAAGUUGAAACCUAGAUGGACUUUUAAAAAAGCUAAGAUACAAGAUGGUGAUAUAAUUUGUUUCCAAAAAGUUUUAACAGAAAAAGAGAAACAAGAACACAUUGCUGCAGGCCGUAUUUAUGAUAUUCCUACAUUCUAUGAGUCAUUAUCUAUGCAUAUUAUUAUUCAAUUUAAGCCAAAAUAUCAUGAAUCAAAACCUAAAUUUGAAUUAAUUUUAAAUAAGAAAUACAAAUAUGAUGAUAUCGCUAAACGCGUUGCUGCUUUCUUAAACAUGGAUCCGUUGAAAUUACGGUUUACAACGGCGGAUCCAAUAUCUGGUACAUACAAAACUGUAAUUAAAUGUACGACCAAGAAAACACUGUCAGAGAUGCUUCAAACAACAUAUCUGCCUAAUUCAACGAACCUAUUAUAUUAUGAAUUGCUUGACAUUAGUAUUAUUGAAUUAAAAACUAACAAGUUCUUUAAAGUAUAUUGGCUUGGGACAACUGUUAAGAAAGAGGAAGUAAUUGAUGUUUGUAUCCCAAAGACUGCUAUAAUAAAUGAUGUUCUUAGAGUAAUUGUACAAAAACUAGCAUUGCGGAAACCUACUCAUACAAUUAGAUUAUAUGAUGUCUUACAAUGCAAAAUUCAGAAUGAGUAUAAUAUUAAUGAUCCAAUAGAUAAAAUACAGGAACACAUUAUGUUAUAUGCAGAGGAAAUACCACAAGAUGAAAUUGAACUAGGUGCUAAUGAUAAAAUUAUUCAAGCAUUUCAUUUUACUAAGGAGCCAUUACAUGUGCAUGGAAUUCCAUUCAAAUUUGUUAUUAAAGCUGAUGAGCCCUUCUCUGCAACAAAGUUACGCCUUCAAUUACGCUUAGGAAUGAACGAAAAAGACUUCCCGAAAGUAAAAUUUGCAAUUAUACAAACGUCAUCAUUUGUCAAGCCUCAGUAUAUAAAGGAUAAUAAUGUUGUUCUAUCAAAUUAUGGAUUAACAGAUGAACUCUUAGGUCUUGAUCAUGUGGAUAAAACGGGACGUGCGGAAAGA